AUGCUUAUUCUACCAAAUACUCCACCAUUACCACUUCAGUUCAGAUCUUCGCGUGGUCAGUCAAAACUUAAGGCCAAUCUUCUUACUUUACGUGCAUCUUUACAAGUCCCCACAUUAUCCAACUCCAAUGAUACAAUCCGUUAUGCCGUCAUAUUAAGUGACUAUUUGGAGCUGAUUAUAAGAUUCGCUCUGGAUUCGAGUAAUUCUACACAAUUAAGCCAAGUCCUCCAGUAUGCCAGUGAACAUGAAAUAUUAUCAACAGGGGCUGAUAUCCCUUGGCUGAAUACAACAUUUCUGGAAUCUCAUGGUAGAAGUGUACUUGGAAGAAAUGGUGGUGAUAAGAUUAAGAAAGUUUUCUUAAAGGCUGGGGGCUCAGGUACUCCUAAGGCUGAAUAUUCUUGGAGAUUGACUAAUGAGAUUGAAAUGGUAAUAAUCUCCCUUGCGUUGAUUUAUAUUCGAAUUGGUUCAGAAUUAUCUAAUGAAAUUAUCGAUAAUGAUGAAAUCAAUCCCAAGGAGAUUCCUCAAUAUAAUGAAAAAUGGAAACAAGUUGUCAAUUUCUACAAACAGGCAAUUUCAUAUUUGUUAUUGGGGACUCAGCACUUAUCCAAUGUUUCAAAUUCAAAUAUGAAUGACAUGAUGUUUAGUUUUAUAAUGAAACUUGCUGAAAUCUGUAUACAAAUGUCGAUAUUAUCAAAAUCAUCCUGGAUUAAUCGAUGUAAUUUUAAUCAUACCGAUACGAUCACCACCACCAAUAAUGGGACCUUAUCCCGAGUUGCUAUUUAUAUUCUUAAUGAAAUCAAAAGUGCCCAAACGAUGUUACAAGGAUUAAAGUCAAUAGAAGGGAUUAGAUUGAAUUUCACUAGUUGGGGGGAAUACUUAUCCGUAAUUGAGAGUUAUUCAAGUGCAUAUGCUGGAUUAUUCUUAUCCAUUGAAAACUAUCAACAAGAUAAAUUAGGUAAUGCAAUCGGAUUAUGUCAUUUUAGUCUUGUUUGUUUACAGGGUAAGAAAGUGUCAGACAAGGGUACAACUAAACCAUUUGAUAAAUUACGUUCAAAAGUUAAUAAACGAAAGAAUGAGCAUAUUUUAAAUCAUCUUAAUUCAGUUUCAAGUUUAAACAUUAAUAAAUCGGUAUUUAAUGAUAAAUCAGGGAUUGUGUUGAAUGAUUUGGUUUAUCUUUUUGAUACGUUAAUAAGAUUAAACCUUAAAUAUGAAAAAGAGAAUAAUAAUUUAAAGUUUGAUAAGGUUGUGAAUUGGAUGGAUAUUAAUAAUGAUUCAAAAUGGCCAAUUGGGUCAAAGAUUCCAGUAUCCAAUGUGAAGCCGUUCGUCCCACAGAUAUUACAAACUGCAACAGGAACAGAUACAACAGUCCAAAAUGAGUACGCCGGUCGUGGAGCUUAUUAUUAG